UGUCCUCUCUCCCCGUCCAACCUCUCCACUUGCUCUGCUCCCGCUGCUCUGUGACUGUCACCCGGCUGCGUGUGCCCUCUCUUUUUGUCUACCCUCGCCCUCAUUCCUUGCUCAGUUGCCACGUUGUUACACUGUCGCCUGCCUGUCUGGCCCUGCUUCUCCAGAGCUAGUAUGGGGCAAGACUGUUGCAAGCUCCACAAACCCCAGAUGGUCUACACUGUGGGAGGCAGUGGAAAGAAGGAUCGUUCAGGUCUGAGCGAGUUGAUGGCUAACUCUCAGAGAGACAUGGAGGAGUGGGUCAAAGCCAUACGAAGAGCCAUAUGGGCCCCGCUAGGAGGAGGCAGUUCCCAGGUGCAGCACCUGAUGACCAUACUGAUCAGUGAACACUCUCGUCUGUACGAGGGAGAGGCAGAGACUCCCAGGGAGGACCAAUUUGCCCCUGCUCCAACUCCCUAUCCCCAGGCCCCCCCAAUUCACCAAUGCAUGGUGGAGUGGCUCUCACAGCAGAGCCCCACCAACCCCACCCAGCCCUAUCCCUCCCUGGGACAGACCCCUAACACCCCAAGUCAGGAACCACUUCAACCCAUCCCAACCUCCAGUGGCUCCUCUCUCAAUACUGACCACCCUGGAUCAACCACCCAGGGAAGAAAAGAGGGGUAUUCUGAGGGAAAGAGUGACGGAAGAACAGAAGGAAAGAUGAAGAGAAAAAGUGAAGGAAAGAAUGAAAGAACGCUCUCGGGUGGUAGUGGUGCAGCCCUCGGUCCCAGUAAACAGUCCAAAAGCCUGUCUUCAUGGAGGUCCAUCUUGAAGGGCGGGUCGGGGUCAAUAGGGGUGAGGGGGAAGAUAGGAGGGUCAGCGGGUGACAUGUCGACUGUCACCGGGGGCAACUGGCGGAUGAACGGCUUGUCACCCUUCCACAGUCACCGACGGACCACUUUGACCGGCAAACGACUCAAAGAGUCCUCGCUUUCCCUGACAGAGACACACAAAGACUCUCUGCCAGAGUCCUAUACUGGGUCCUCUUUGUCGAUAAAAUACUCUUCACACUCCCAAACAAGCGUGCUAAAAGACUCAUCUCCUUUACAUAUAGACUCUUCCAGUUCUAGUAUAGACUCCUCCUUUCCCAAUAUAAAGACCUCCAUCUCUGUCAAAAACUCCUCCCAUUCCAACAGGCUCUCGACCUAUGACAACGUUACCAUCAAUUCCUGCAGUCUGAGCUUGCCCGGUGGAAGCCCCUCCCCCUGGGCCUCUUAUGAGAUCUCAUUGGCUGAAUCUACAGAAACUGAUCGCACCACACUGAACUCUGGGUUAGGGUCUGGCAAGGCUGUGGCGGGGUCCUCGGUGGCAGGGUCCAGUAACUCUGCUCUGGAGCUGUGUGUGAGCAGCGCUGGCUGCAGCAAGGGUGACCCUGGAGAUGACAUCACAGGUCUGAGGCCAGGGGUCAAUGAGGGUCUGUUUAGCCUGGUGACAGAUCUGAAGGAGGAGCUGAGGCGACAGAGGUUCAGCUAUGAGACACAAAUACGCAAAUUGGAGGAGUCAUGUUCAGGUCUUCGUCUCCAGUCUGGUCGUUUAGAAGAGGAUCUUAACCAGGAGAAGAAGAGGUUCCGCAUGCUGGAGAUCCGACUGGGGAACUCUAAACGUGCAAGGCAUGAUGCAGAGACUUUGAAUGUUCUUCUGCAGAAAGAGAAAAAGUUCUGGGAGACCUGACCACUGGCACACAAACCAGCUAGACCUGAGCUGACAGUGUCAGCCCAUUGAGCUAAAGCCUAGGCAUUCACUAUGGGAGCUAACACAGGUAAUUCUGCUACACUCAGAAAAAAUGUAAGAAAAAUAAUGAAAGUCUUGAAUUAAACAGGAAAGUACUAUCUGAGCUUGUUCAACAAGAAAUGCUAUAUUUCUAUAUUUUGUGUUUUGCUAUAUUUUGUGUUCAAUUGCUAAAUGUUUUGCUACUGUGUGCUUUAAUGAACACAAGUGUCUCUCCGCCUGUGUAUUAAUGAACUAGGCUUAAUAUGUGUCCAUGAAACCGGACCCUAGAGUAUUCAUUCAGAGGUUGCUCAAGACUGUUGUGAUACAGAAGGGGUUUUAUGUUUUUCUUAUCUGAAGUCUACUGCUGUCUAUUACUCUGUAUGCAUCGUCAUUCUUGGUAACUGUGGGCCAGUUUCACAGAAACAGAUUUAGCCUAGUCCUGGACUAUGAAGCACUUUCAAUGGAGAUGGCCCAUUGAGUUUAUUUCAGGAUUAGGUUUACGCCAGGGUUCAGUACUAUUGCGCUUUGUAGGCUAUACACCUCUUAAAGGUCAUUUUCCUGCAUUUGUGGAGACAGCAUUCAUGGUAAAUGCUACAUAUGUUGGCUAAAUUGGAAAUUACCUUUAAACGUCAAGCGCAUUAUAACACGGAUCGCCUGAUGAUAGGUUUGAAUCCCUGCCUUAAUCUUUGUCUGAGAAACCACCUUUGUGUGUACAAGACUGUUAUUGAUCUCUUUAAAGAUGAACCUCUAAAUGGUUAAAUGUGAUACUUACUGAGCUAACACUGUACUGUUAAAAAAAAACCUCUCAGGUGUUCUAAAUAUUCUGGUCUGAGAGAUGAUGUAUCUCUAUUCCCGUACUUGAAUACUCUUCUGAAAUAGACUACUUUUACCACGCCACGGUUUCACCACACUACAGAACAUUUUGCUGACUUGUUUCUGAUUUAAGAAACAGGCCUUGUUUAUCAUAGCGAUAUCAGGUACAGACUUUUGUAGAGACUCAAACUGACCAGACUAAUGAAAGCCUCUGAGCAUUUGUCAUUAUAAACGAAUGUCCUUACAAGAAGUAUGCGUUGAGAAUAAAAACAAUUCAAACAAAAU